AUGCCGCAGGGCGACGAUCGCUUCCUCCAAUCCACCAUACGACUCCUCGCUCCCUCAUUGUCCUCGUCACACCGACCCUACCACACCCCCGGACACAUCGCCGCACCCACGACCACGGCAACGAACCCGACGACGACGACGACGACGACGACCAACCCGACGACGGCGGACCCGUUCGCGGCCGUAGCCACCACCGCCGCCGCUGUUUCCUCUCCCACCACGACCGUCAAUCACAAGCGCUCGGGUUCACAGCCACAGUCGAGCAACCCUCGUUACCAUCCCGCGUCGCCAACCUCGACCGUAUUGAGUUCCGGAGGGCCAUGGACAACUCCCGACAUUAGUCGGUAUGGUUUGACGUAUAGCGACACUACUUGCGAUCCCUCAUUCGACGCUGCUUCCAAAACGCUUCUGACCCCCAGGUCCGACCCGACUUCUCCGACUAUCAGGUCGUUCACAGAAUCCACCCAUCUGUCGAGACCUUCAACAUCCAACGGGAAGCGUUUAUCCGACGACGAAAACGCACACGGCCGACCGAACCCGUCCCCUCUGAAGAAGGCGCGAACUCGAUUGGGGCCGCCGGGGCACAUCAAGUUGCCAAAACAACCAACUGCGUCCGUCAUCCUGGCGAGGCACAACCAAGGGGUUGUCUCCCCCCUUUUCUUCUCUUCCAACAACAAACGACAGAUGCCGCCUCGACCAGCUGCCCUCCCUCCCUCGGACGCUGCGGCCGUCCUCUUGGCUCGUCUGAGGGAGGACCAAGACCGGGUUCAUACCGUUCGACUGCCCCGCGGCACCGUCAACGCAGCUAGGUCUGGGAGUACACCGGGAAGCAGUAGCCUGUCUUCUGCAGACGCUACCCUUACCUCUUCAAAAAGCCCAAAUAGCCAGCAUCUUCCUCAAGGACUGCAAAUAUUGAGAGGAGUUGGCGUGGUCGAGCUUUUGGAACAGGAUGAACGUCCCACGUUUAUCAUCGAUCUUGCAAAUCCUGUAAACACGCAAAAAUCGGGACUACAUUUAUUAUACGCCAACGCGGCACUCAGGGCUUCGGUCGGUGUCUUGGAACUGCUUUCAGUGGAGGGUGAUGAUGCCGUCAACAACCCCGACUACACCCACUUCAAAACAUGGGCCACGAGCUUUGUUUUGAACCAUGAGUCCCUGGACGUGUGUCUUCCUUCCCACAACUAUGGAGGCAUCACAUGGACAUGCUCGACGUUGCGCAAACGAUUUCGCUUUGUGAGUGGCAACGCCAGUGCUGUGUCGGCGGCAUCGGGCUCUCCUAUGCCUCUGGCCGACGAGUCCGCGGUACUGGAGCAGCGCAGUAGGGGGCCAACACCAAAUCAGCCAUCCAUCGUACCUAUGGAUGACGAACCCGAUUACUUUGGCGACAUGGAAGGGGAACCGAACGACAUGGAUGACACGCCAAUCGGCGAUGACUGUGUCAUGAUGGAUAGUGGCGAGAAAUACCACAGCGACGAGUUUACCCAGCAGGUAUUCCAGGCAGCCAUGAUGAGGCCCUCGUUCGACUGGACCCGCAUUCAGACAACCCCGGAUUUGAGUGAACACAUUCUCUUCUGUCGGAACACUGAUUGGGCCUCCACAUCAUUGGGUCCAUUGGAGCACUGGAGCUCGGAAUUGAGGGCCAUGGCCAACAUGGUUAUGGGUAGUCCCCACCCUGCGGCCAUGUACUGGGGACGGGACAAUGUCGCCAUCUACAACGAAGCCUACAUUGAGCUUGCCGGGCAGAAGCAUCCAGCGCUUAUGGGCAUGCGGUAUCAGGACGCAUGGAAAGAAAUUUGGCAGGAUAUUGAGCCUUUGUUCAACAAUGCCUGGACAAAUGGACAAUCAAUCAUGAAGAAUGAUAAUCAGCUAUUCAUCCUUCGGCAUGGAUUCCUCGAAGAGACCUUCUUCUCAUGGUCCAUUAUUCCAUUACUGGGAUCCGACGGUCAAGUGGUGGGGCUGUACAAUCCAGCUUUCGAAAACACCCGCCGCAAGGUCAACGAACGCCGGAUGUUGACAUUGCGAGAGGUGGGCGAGAAGACGGCAGCUGCUAAGGACGUAAGAAGCUUCUGGCCGCGGGUCAAGGAGGGAUUGGAGUUCAACGAUUUGGACGUGCCGUUUGCUCUUAUUUACUCAGUGAAAGACGACAAUAGCGAAAGCGAAGUGUCUUCUAUGCACUCCGGGAGCAUAGCGCACCCACCGUUAUUGCACCUCGAAGGUAGCUUGGGCGUUCCGGAGGGACACCCGGCGGGGCUUUCCCAGCUCGACCUCAAGUCGUCGGACGAUGGCUUCGCUCCUUAUAUGCGCCAGUCGAUGACGAUGCAAGGCGCACCCAUUGUUCUCUCGGCCGAAGCUGGCAAUCUGCCGACAAAGUUGCUUGAAGGUUUGGAGUGGAGGGGUUUUGGUGAUCCAAGCAAGACGAUCGUCAUCCUACCUGUUCACCCUACUACAGCCGGCGAGUCUGUCGUUGGCUUUAUCGUUUUGGGCACGAACCCCCGCCGGCCAUACGAUGAUGAUUAUCAACUUUUUAUUCAUCUCUUGUCUAGACAGCUUGCGACCUCCAUGGCAUCGGUCGUGCUCUUCGAAGAGGAGAUCAAACGGGGACAGAGGGCAGCCCGCUUAGCCGCAAUGGAUCGUCAAGAACUGCAAAUGGAGCUCUACUUGAGAACACAGGAGGCUGUCGAAAGCGAAUACAAAUUCUCACGAAUGGCAGAAUUCGCACCGGUCGGUAUGUUCAUUGCUAAUGAUAAGGGACUCAUCAACUUUGCAAACGAUAUGUGGUGGCAAAUAUCGCGGCAUCCCAAAGCGGAAGACAGCGUCAACACGUGGAUGCAAAGUGUGAGGGACGAAGAUCGAUCGGGGGUUGAACGUGCGUGGAGGAAACUCAUCGAAGAUAAACAAGCCAUCACCAUCGAGUUCCGAUUCAAGUGCAGCCGUCAAAACGGAAUCAACACCAUCGACACCUGGGUUUUGAUGAGCGCUUUCCCAGAGCAGACUGAGGAGGGCGAUCUCAAGAGCAUAUUCGGUUGCAUCACCGAUAUUUCGCCUCAAAAAUGGGCCGAGGACUUCCAGAAGCAGCGCAGAGAAGAGGCAGUCGAGCUCAAACGUCAGCAGGAAAACUUCAUUGACAUCACGAGUCACGAGAUGCGGAACCCCUUGAGUGCGGUUCUCCAAUGUGCUGAUGAAAUUGUCAACAGCAUCACCGAGUACCGCGCUCAACCACAGGACACCGCGCAACUCGAAAUCCUCUUGGAGGGCUGCACCGAAGCCGCCAGCACCAUUAACUUAUGCGCCAGCCAUCAAAAACGCAUCGUAGACGACGUGCUCACUCUUUCAAAGCUCGACUCGCAACUUUUGCUAGUGACACCCGUCGACUCGCAUCCCGUCACAAUAGUGAAGCAUGUCAUCAAGAUGUUCGAGUCGGAGUUGAACACACACGAGAUCAAGCUGGAUUUCUCGGUAGAUAACGCAUAUCGUACUCAUGCUGUGGACUGGGUCAGACUGGAUCCAUCUCGGCUGAGGCAGGUUUUGAUCAACCUCAUGACCAACGCCAUCAAAUUUACCCAAGGUCGUGAAAAACGCGAGAUCACCAUGAAGAUGAGCGCAUCCAAAAACAUCACCGAGGUCACCGAGAAGGGAGUUUCGUUCUUCCCGACCCGUAAAGAGAAAGAGGAUGUUCGAGCUUUGACUCAGGAGAAGGACUGGGGCAACGGUGAGGAAAUCAACCUACAUUUCUCAGUCCAAGACACGGGGCCUGGUCUCCGUGAGGAUGAGAAGAAACUACUUUUCCAGCGGUUCUCUCAGGCUUCGCCCCGGACCCACGUGCAGUACGGCGGAUCAGGGCUCGGCCUCUUCAUCUCGCGCAUGCUUGCCGAGCUCCAAGGUGGGCAGAUCGGCGUCGUUUCGGAGAAGGGCAUAGGCAGCACCUUCGCAUUUUACGUCAAGUGUCGCAAAACAGAAUCGCCAAGUCUGGAGUCACCGGCUCUCUCGGCACUCAAUUUGGCCCAGCCGACCAAGAGCGAGCCCACUUCCGCACCAUCAACUCCUCCACUUACAGCCCUGCCUAGGAGGGCUUCUAUCAAGAAGCCGGUGGUCAUUGCGACACCACUGUACGAUGUCUUGAUUGUAGAGGACAACAUCGUCAACCAGAGGGUUUUGAGGAAGCAACUCACAAGCUGCGGCAACACCACAUACGUCGCCAAUCACGGAGGCGAGGCUCUCGAACAGCUCAAAAUGUCCCGUUUCUGGGCUGGAAAUGAGGCUGGGGGGUUUGACCUCAGCGUUAUUCUUAUGGACCUCGAGAUGCCGGUCAUGGAUGGAAUUACGUGUACGAAGCGAAUCCGUGAAUUGGAGAGGGCAGGCACUCUGACUAGGCAUAUACCCAUUAUCGCUGUCACAGCUUACGCGCGGCCAGAGCAGAUUGAGACUGCGAAAGCCGCCGGUAUCGACGACGUAAUUUCGAAGCCAUUCAGAAUUCCAGACUUGUUGCCCAAGGUUAAAGAGUUGGUGACAAAGUACAACGCACCACCUACGGGGGCCGUACCCACGGCUUGA